ACGGUUACGACAUUCCCAAGCGCACGUGCGUUUUCCUCUGUCCAUUGUCCAUGUCUGCUGUUUUUGAUUUCGCGGUUGUCCUCUUCAACUUGCCACGCUGAAUAGGCUAUGUUGCCUUCCUCAAUCGCCUGACUACGGCUUCCUAAAGAUAAGUUUAAUAGUUACUAAGCCUAUUGACUUUCGUUGCCAUUUACCUUACAGCUUUUCAUGAUAGUGAACCAGUCAUUUCUAUGUCAAUAGGCUACAAUCUGUAAAAUCAAAUGCUUGUUAUUACCACAAAUCAGCCUAAUAAGGCCUAACCUAAAUCAAUCAAAUAUAAUUUUGUUAAGAUACACAUUCUGCCUGUUAUUAUGAAUAGGCCUAUGACAAAUGUGUCCGGUUCAUCACUGUUAACGCACUCUGUAUGUGGCUCAACAUGUCUAGACUAAGCGGGUGCAAGACAUGCUACAACUCCUACAGCCGUCACUGGAUGUCCCUGUGAAGAAGAUUCUCGCUGCAUGAUAAAUCCUAUCCUAAUUUGUCCUCAGUUCCGGCUGGAAUGGAAUCCUCACCCUCCUCGGCACCUGAUUGGUGCAGCUCCGCUCCGCCGAGGAAACAUGUCCAUGCAUAAUGGUGCUCAUUUGGACCCAGUUCGGCGUCAAGCACAAGAAUGUCAAGUGCAAAGUGCGGGUGAUUCACAGCGAAGACAGCCAUAGCUCGGAGGAAACGGCGGAGGAGUGCGAGGUGCCCGUGCAGUCGGUGGCACCGGUGAAGGAUUACUACUCGCUGCUGGGCGUGACGACAGAGUCCAACGAGGACGAGAUCCGGCGGGCGUACCACAAGCUGGCGCUGCGCUACCACCCCGACAAGAACCCCGAGGAGGACGCCGCCGAGAAGUUCAAGGAGAUCCGCGAGGCGUAUGACGUGCUCACCGACCCGCAGAAGCGCAACCAGUACGACAGGCGAGACGCGUGCAUGAAGAGGCCAGCUACCAAGGGAGAUAGCUCGCCGCCGGCCAAGACCCACUCGUCCUCCGGCCGCUUCUUCAACAUUGACAUCGACGCCGGAGACUUCUCCGACCUCUUCAACCCCUUCCUGCACACAGCCUUCACCCGCGCCAAUGGCAGCGGCGGGCACAGCGGCGGGCACAGCAGCAGCAGCAGCAGCGGUGCCACCAGCAGCGGUGGCAGUGGUGGCAGCGGCAGCAGCAGUGCCAACGGAGGCUCUGCCGUGCCCAGCAGCAAGGUCCUGGAGCUGGAGGUGUCGCUGGAGGAGCUGCUGACCGGCGUCACCAAGCACGUGCGCCUGUCCACCGGCGCCGGCAGCGGGGGCUCGGCCAGCGCCCAGGAGCACGUAAUGAACGUGGAGGUGAAGAAGGGCUGGCACGAGGGCACGCGCAUCACCUUCCCCGGCGCCGGCCUCAAGGCGGGAGGCGGCAGCAGCAGCGGUGGCGGUGGCGGUGGCGGUGCCGCGCAGGACAUCGUAUUCGUGGUGAAGGAGAAGAAGCACUCGCAUUUCCGGCGGGAGGGCUCCAACCUGCUGUACACGGCGGAGAUCACCCUGCGCGAGGCUCUCUGUGGAUGCACUGUUACCGUGCCAACUCUGGAUGGCGGAAAGAAGCCCCUCCCAUGCAGUGACAUCAUCAAGCCUGGCUCGACGCGCCGUCUGAUCGGGGAGGGCCUCCCACGCUCCAAGUGCCCCACGCAGCGAGGCGACCUAUUGGUCAAAUUCGAGGUUCUGUUCCCUGAUAGGAUCCCGCCGCCCAGCAAGGAGAUUAUUAGGCACAGCCUUGGACAAUGUUAAUGUGGACAGUGCACAGAAAACACGCAUACUAACAGGCAUACUCACAUGCAUCGGAACACGUGCUUUACGUGUGCAUGGGACAACAUGUGAUCUUGAGACCAGAGGACUGUUCCAGCUGUCAGCACAAGUGAACAGGAGUCUUGAAAGUUACAAACACAUUAACAAUUUAGAGGUGCUACUCUACUCUCCGGAGCUGGAAUGUCAGCGGAGCCUUCUUUUGGUGACCAACCAAGUGUGUGUUUCAGAUUUAGAACAUCUCUAAAUCGACAACGCACAUCAGCCUAUAGCCAGUUAGGCUUUUUAAAAAAAAAUGUUUUGGUUGAGAAAGGCUCAAGUUGAGCGCUCUGUGUUUUGGAGGUAUUUAUUUUGCUCUUUUUACAAUCCUCUUGAGCAAUGUAUAUUGUUCUGAUCCUGGACAAACAGGAAUGCUCGGCAGGUUGUGUGCGCGCUAUGUCGCUACAGGCGAUCGCCACAUCGCCUGCCCUUGUCUCUAUGAGAGCUGACCAGUGUCAUGUUUCACUGAACUAUAUGUACGUUUAUUUAAACAACCACUGCAUGACGCAUGUGGGACAAGUUCAUUAUAAUAUGAAUGUUUUAUAUUCAGUAUAUUUAACAUAAUAAAUAAAAAAACG